AUAGCCUAGGCCUUUGCCUGAAGCCCCAGGUGGUAUCCAGGACAGUGGAGCAGGCCUCUGAAACAUGGAUCAGCUCCUCUGCCGCACACCUUCCCCCAGUCUGUGCUUGAAGCUUCAUCUCACAGAGGCUGCUCCCAAGGUCUUGCUGCUUCUCUCCGGCAGCUGUGGGUUGAGUAAACUCUGGCCAUCAGCCUCAAGUGCCUGGUUCACUGACAGACCAUGCAGUAGCCCUUUCAGUUCAUCCAGUCCCACUGACUCUAGGUCUCUUUUGGUGUGUGUUCUGUUGUGCCCCGUUAGAGAUCACUAGCAUAGUGCUGUUCAGAUGCUGAACUCCCACCAAACCCAGCCAGCAUGGCUAGUGGUCAGGAAUUACAGAAGUUGUAGUCCAACAAUCCCUGGAGGGCCACAAACUCCCCAUUCCUGCUCUUGGACCAGAAGCAGCUGGAAGCAUGAGUGUUUUAUCAGCUGCGGCAGCACACCUGCUACAGCAGGUUCACUGGAUGUCAGGAUGGCGGCAUCAAACCUGGAGAACCAGCUGCACAGCGCCCAGAAGAACCUGCUCUUCCUCCAGCGGCAACACGCAGACACCCUCAAGGGGCUGCAUGCUGAGAUUAGGCGGCUACAGCAGCACUGCACAGAUCUGACGUACGAGUUGACUCUCAAAAGCUCAGACUCAACAGAAAGUGGGACUUCAAGAAGUGAAGAACUCAAACGGAAGUGUGAAGAACUUGAGGCCCAGCUGAAAGUGAAAGAGGCUGAAAACAAUGAGCUAUUAAAGGAACUGGAGCAAAAGAAUGCAAUGAUAAUGGUGCUUGAGAACACCAUCAAGGAGAGGGAAAAGAAGUAUUUAGAAGAACUGAAAAUGAAAAGCCAUAAGCUGAACAUGCUGUCGAGUGAACUGGAGCAGCGCGCCAGCACGAUUGCGUACCUCACCUCACAGCUGCACGCAACCAAGAAGAAGCUCAUGAGUUCGAGUGGGACUUCUGACAGCUCUCCAUCUGGGAGCCCAGUGCUGUCCAGCUACAAACCAGCCCCUCCCAAAGAUAAGCUCCCAGAGACUCCACGGCGCAGAAUGAAGAAAAGCUUGUCCACCCCCCUCAACCCUGAAUUUGAAGAGGCCUACAGAUUAGGAUCGGAUAGCCGCAAACUGCUGUUACGGGAGCCUGUUGAUGCUAUGCCUGAUCCCACUCCCUUCUUACUGGCAAGGGAAACUGCCGAGAUCCACCUUAUCAAAGAGAGGCCUUUAGUCAUUCCACCGAUUCCUUCGGAACGCACCUCUGCUGAGCCACACAGCCCAGCCCGGGAGAAGCAGCACAAGGCUCAUGUUGGAGUGGCACACCGAAUCCACCACGUUGCUUCACCCCAGGCGCAGCCAGAGGUUGAGACACUAGCAGUGGAUCAGGUGAAUGGGAGCAAAGUGGUCCGAAAACAUUCAGGGACAGAUAGAACUGUUUAAGCAUACUGUCUGGAGGUGACUCUCUUAUGCACUGUGAUCACAAAUAGGGUUAAUUGCAUCUGCAGUCACUCCCCCCCCACCAAUAUCCCAUAUGCAUGCCAAAUUCUUUCCAUCACUAGAAUAACCUCCUCCAAUGGAUUCCCCAAUAUGACUAUCUACUUAAUGAAACGCUGUGGCCAAACUCAGGUGUCUGCCUGACUGCUUGCUUCCAAUGCUCCUUCAUUUAUUCUAAGCGCACUUGUGGGCAAAUGCCCAGGCAAAACAGUCUGCAUUAUUAAUCAAUAGUAAUGACAGAGUCUGAUAGCCUCCUAAUGAUAGCCCUGCAGCACUGUGUAUUGGCUGUUAAUGGUUAAAGCCUUCCAUGUAUGUAUCACUUCACACAGUCAUGACAAAUCCUUCUUUUUGGGGAGGGGCAGCGCUGACCACCAGUGUGAGAAGAAAAAGAACAGCUGAGUGACCCCUCCUCCCUCCAUCACAUGGUCUUGAUCACAGUGUUCAUAUUUUCUGUUACGUUUUUAUCUACAGCUACUAAAAUCCCAACAAACUCUAUUUUAUUAACCCUG